CUUCCUGCUCACCCCAGCUCUCCUUGUAUCAAGAUUUGUGUCUCCAAUUUCACUCUGAAGUUGAGAGAAAUCCUGUGAUAUGUCGGAAAUUAAGUGGAGCGAUCAGCGUGCGUCUUCAUCAACCGACCUUGCAUCUCAGAGUUUACUAGUAGUUCAUCGAGCAGCCUUCACGGCGGAGGAUUAUCGGGUAUGGCUGGAUUUUUCAUGGGCGAGGAGAGCCAGGAGCGGAUGAAUCUACGGGUGACACGGGUCUUGGUGAUUGUGAGCCACCUCGCGCAUCUUACCCUGGCCCAAUUAUCCGGGAUCCGUCGGCGUAGAGACUCCGGUGUGCGGAUGUCUCUGGUGUGGGUGGCGUACCACGUGACCGAGAUAAUCACGCCAAUCGCCCUCGGCAAGGUGUUUCUCGACACCGCGACCGCGGUUAGCGAGGAGCUGAUGUUUGCGUUCUGGGCGCCGUUUCUCCUGCUGCACCUUGGUCGCCCGGACAACAUCACCAGCUACGCCUUGGAGCACAAUGAGCUGUCGCCGACCCAAAAGGCUGCUCUCGUCCUUGAAAUCGGAGGAGCUAUCUACGGCUCAUACAAGCAAAGAUUUAUGCGCGGCGACGGGGCUCUGCGCGCCGCCUUCUUCAUCAUGCUCUUCCUGGGCUCCUAUAAGUACGUGGAGAGGGCAGUUGCGCUACGGCGAGCUUGCUUUGACAACAUUCGUCACUCAGCCGGGAGAAAGAAGUUACGGCGCUUCACAUUUGAGGACGAAGGCCGUAAGUGACAUAAUGAUGAUGCCCUGCUUGAUGCUCACGGCCUUCUCGGUGUCACCAUGGGUGCCUUCGCUGACUAUCAAGUCCACCGCAGGAGAUAUGUCCCAUCCUAUUCUGGCUGGAAGGAUGUGAGCGAGGUGGUUGAGGUGGAGGCGUCGCUCAUGUACGACAUGUUGUACACCAAGGCAAGUGUGGUCCGCACUUGGGCCGGCUACAUCAUCCGUGUCCUCUCGCCGCCGGCAACUGCCACGGCGCUCUAUCUCUUCCACAGUAAGGAGGGCCAGGCCAUGAAGAGUGCAGAUCGGACGGUCACAUACACCUUGCUUGUUGGUACCCUGGUGUUGGAUGUGAGAUGGCUGCUGAGAGCACCAGGGUCCACCUGGAAAUAUGCGUUCUUGGUAGAGCAAGGGGAAGGAAAAGAAUGGCUGCUUCCGGUUCGACGGACCUUCCCGGACAAUUUGCCACGUCAAGCUGCAAUGCAAUCAUGGUAUUGCGUCCGUCGCCUCCUCGUCUCUCUGGAUACGUCCCGUCUCUCACUGAGAAGCGGCCCAAGUGGCCAUAGGUUGUUGUCCGGCGUGGGGCAACACAACUUGUUGCAAGAGUGCUGUACCUGUACUCCUCGGCCUCGGGGCCAACUGGAGAAGUUGAUCUCUUCUUUCUUCACUGGACUUGGGAAGAAGAAGAUUGAUGUCAAGGAUGAGCUGUUGGAAGCUGUGUGCACAUACAGGUACUGCUGGAAUCUCGCACACUCGUCGGGAUGCGUCCCAUAAGGGAACUCGAUGAUUAUAUGAGGUCUAAUGCCAGUAACUAUAGUUUUGAAAACAACAUCAUCGCGUUGCACGUCGCCACGGAUAUUUUCCUCUUGUGCAAGCCGACUUCGAUAAAAAGUGAAGCAUCAGCCAAAUACGAGAAGCAGAUACGAGCGAUAUCAGAUUACAUGAUGUUCCUCCUCGCUGAACGCCAGCACAUGGUAUUGAAACAGGGUGACGAGGGUGUCCACUACAAAAAGGCCCGCCUCCAUUUGGAGGAGAUAUGGAGUGAAAGAGGAACCAGCAGUUCUCCAACAAUAAGAGAGACGAAGCAGCUCGCCAACAUCCUUCUAGACAUGGAUGCCACUGAGGGCAGCUACAUGCUUGGAAGACCAAGUCAUCUUUAUAACAGAAAUGAUACUCUCGGGAUUGGUGCUUACUGGGCCUUCAACCUGUUAGAUGAGCUAGAACCGGGAAAUUAUGGACGACAUCCGAUGCAGGGCCAAUACAUUCACAAACUUGAAGCUUUCAUCCCGGCAUUCACCGAUGAGGUACAAACAAAAAUUAGAGAGCAUAGGGACCGCGGGGAACAACCAGAACUCCUCGAUUGUAUGUUGCAGAUCAUUCUUGUUUCAUGGAUAAGUCUUCUCACCUUCACGUCCGACCAAUGCAGCAGGGACUCCCAUGCCAAGCAGCUCAGCUGCGGCGGUGAGCUCUUAACCAUCGUCUGGCUGAUGAACCGACACAAGUACUUCUUUUACAAGCGAAUAAACUGACGAGCAUCGCAUCUUCUCUGCUUUGCUCUGGCUUUUAUGAAAUUUUUCAGUAGUAACUGCGGCUACUAGAUGACCCAUUGCCCACUGGCGCAAGUACCUGAAUCAACCCUGAACUUG